AUGGGACUGAGCAAGAUCGUGAUAGACGAGGAGAGGGAUCUGCACGGCGCGCCCUGCUUCGUGCGAUGCCUUAGAGAAACGUGGAGGCGGGGCGCACAAAGGCUUCUGGAAACGCACCCAGGGGCCACUUCUUCCAGUUAUAUGCAUGGGUCUCCGAACUGA